AUGGGCCGUCAUUAUGUGGAGGAACAUGUGGUGAAUGAGUUGCGAAAGUGCUGUGCAAAGGAAGAGGAGCCAAAUAAGGCCGAGGGACUGCUAUUGUCGUGUUUGUACCAGGAGCUUUUAAGAAAAGUGCUGAAAGUAGCCCAGUUACAGGCUCAAUUAGAGGGCUCCCGUGAGAUUCAACCUUAUAACGUUGAAAGUGCGGUGGAAACUGUUAUGGAAGGUUGA